GUGAAUUGGAGCCAUUAAGCAUAACAGGAUGUUCAGAAUUAAAACAUAUUUCAAUAGAUUAUAUAUUUGUUAAAGAAGCUGCACAGAAUCAAAAUACUGAUAUUAUAUUCGUGCCUUUUCAUAAACUCACCGGUAAUUCUAUGGAAAUGCUUGUAUCGACAUCCCCUGAUCUAAAGCCACCUUUAGAAUCGGUGGCCAUUCCCCUGACAGUGGCAAUGAGGAUUUUCACAAAAAAGCUUGAGAAUCGAUGUACUGAAAUUAAACAUAAAGAACUUCCUUCCAAUUUGGUUACUAACGCGAAAUCAGCUUGUGACAGAUACAAUUUUCUAGUUCAUAACGACAUUAAAGAUAGUCAAGGAAUUUGUGGGAUUGUUGGUCAUUGGAUCAUUGGCAGUGAUAAAGAAUGGAGAAAUGAAUUAGACGAAAUACGACAAAAAGAACUUGAAGAAUAUACCUUAAAAAUCCCUCAAAACAAACAAGCAAGGAAAAAACAAAAUAAAUGGAUACAAGGACCGUUAGAAAGUAGGGUUGAAAGACCCAUGUACGCCAAGAGGAAAAGUGAACAGGAAGUGGAACCUGUGGAAACCGAGGAGCAACAAAAAAAACAAGAUACCAAAAUUUCAUGGGCUGAUGAUGCUGAGAUAGUGUUUGGAGAUGUUGAACCACAGCAAACUAUCGAUAGCUUGAAUAUUGGAAAUGUUGAAUCAAAAGAAAGCAUUAGAAUUAACAAAAGAGUGGAUGAAAUGAAUGACGAACAGGAUAAUCGAGCACUCGGCGCAAAACUUCAAAAAACGGGCGACAAUGACGAAGGAAAUACGCAAGCACGUGACUUAGAAUUUGCAAAGAUGAAUGAUGACGAUAACGAAGAAGAUAUUCUAACGCCCGACAUAGAGACGAGUGACAAAGAUGUUCAAAUACCUUCUGAAGGAAAAAAUCAUUCACAGGAUGAUGCAAAUGCUUCAACAAUUUCUGAAUAUUUACUUAAAUAUGUCAAAGUUAUUUAUAAUGCACUCCUAGCCGAGCUUGAAUCGCGACAAUUAUUAUACGAAAUAGAUCAAAAACCACGCGUGUCCGAAUUUCCAACAGGACGAGAAAAGAAACGUGGUCAAAAAAAGAGAAAGUAUGAAAAUAAAUUGUUGAGACAUUCCGUUUUGAUAAAAAGCGAAGGAUUGGCGAUUCGAAGAAAUAAUGUAAAGAGGCUACGUAAGGUUGUCAUUGCCUGGGGAGCGGUU